UUGACCACACUAGAGUCAAGCUUACGCUCACCUCUUCUAAAAAAGACACAGACUACAUCAAUGCUAACUUCAUCAAGGGGGUCUCAGGCACCAAGGCAUAUAUUGCUACUCAGGGUCCAUUACCACACACUGUGGUGGACUUCUUGAGAAUGCUUUGGGAGUAUGAUAUUCAGGUCAUCGUGAUGUCCUGUCGAGAAUUUGAAAUGGGAAAGAAAAAGUGUGAGGUUUACUGGCCACAGACAAAAGAUGAGACCUUUGUGUGCGAACCUUUUACAGUUCACUGCGAUUCAGAGGACAACAAAGGAGACUACCUGACAAGGACGUUAAGGCUGACGUAUCGCAAAUCAAGCCGUAGUUUGAAACAACUGCACUAUGUCAACUGGCCGGAUCAUGGUGUACCUGACACCAUCCCCCCCAUUCUGGACAUGCUGCACGAGAUGCGCUGCUAUCAGCCUCACGAUGACAUACCCAUAUGCAUCCACUGCAGUGCCGGCUGUGGGAGAACAGGAGCUCUGAUCGUCAUUGAUUACACGUGGAACCUCCUCAGGAAACAUAUGAUUUCCUCAAAUUUCAAUAUCUACAAUUUAGUUCAAGACAUGAGAACCCAGAGACCCUCRGUGGUUCAAACUAAGGAACAAUAUUUGCUCGUCUACAGAACAAUAAGGGAACUCUUCCACAGAUACCUGCAAUCGUUGGAGCCUCAAAACUUCAAAAUGAAGGAAUCUGCGGCUCCAUCAGCUGUGACUGAGAUGAUUGGAGAUGAGUUUUCUGACCACAGUGAGGAGUUUCAUCUUCCAACUAAACACCAACACCAGCUCGAUGAGGAAAGUGAUGAUUUACUAGAUUACCACACUUCCUUGGCCUGUGGAUUGGAAAGUCUUGAAGACUUCGAUGCUCUGGAUAAGCAGUGGGGACAGCAACAGUACCAGCUAUUCCAGACCCUUCCUGAUGCCAACCAGGACCUGAAUAAGAGACCAAAAAGUGUACUGCUUCAGACUGUCCAAACAGGGUCCACAGUGGAAGAGAGUGUGAAGAGCAGCAGUGAUGUCCUGUUACUGGACUCUGUUCCUUUAUUGCCUGUACCAGAGGCUGUUUGUCAGAUGGUGGAAGACCCCUAUUUUGACACACCUACAAGCUCCCCAUCAUCAGAGGAGGCACCAACAGAAGAUUCUGAAUGGAUCCACAGCCCCCUCUUCAGUCCACCCUCACUGUUUCUGAAUGAUCAGGAAAUGGGACCAAGUUCUUCGAUUUCAGUGCCAACUGAUGACGAAGUGCCUCCUCCAUUACCUGAACGGACCCCUGAAUCCUUUCUUCUGGCUGUGGACCCAGAGCUCUCAGAUCUGUGUGAACGGUUAUCAGUCAUCUCUCCAGCCAAUGCUGCAGAUGAUGAUGCUGAGGAACUGGAAGGAAACUCCCCGUCGCCUGCUCCCCCACUUCCGGAGAGGACCCCGGAGUCAUUUGAGUUGGCCAUUGAGCCAGUUCCUGUAGAGAAGCAGCGAGAGGUGAGGCCAGUAGUGAACCUGAGUAUAAUAGGAAUAUCUUCAGAAUGGUCUGGAAACUCAGCACCAGAAGUCGCAGUACAAAAAGAAAAAGGUUUCGUUAGAAGCAAAAGUAUGAGAGCAGAAAUGAUUUCACCAGCACCAUUAAUGCAAUUARAUUCUGCAUUAAAUACAUCGUCCACCGUUCAACCAUUCUGGCCCACUCUGGACCUUCAGACCCCCACACAUCUUCCUCAAAAUGUGGAUAAUUUGGCACUGCCCAUUUCAGACAGCACACCAGAACCCUUCACCCCCUCUACAGAAGACAGUCAUACAAGAUGUUCUGCUCGUCCACAUUCUAUAGGAUCGACACCUUCACCGCAGGUCGGCAUGUCCUCUGAGUGGGACGGCAGCUCUCAGCCCAGGAGGUUCCUUGAUGUUGUCAAGAAACGAAGCAAGAGUGUUCGAGUGAAAAGCUCAAAACAAGACCCUCUGACUGCCUUUCAACAGCUCACUCCUCUUUCUGUGGUCGCAGCUGAAGGAGGAAGUGCGCAAGUGGAACAACACAAUCUGAACCACAGACUCUUUCAGAACAACGAUAGAUCAGGAAACAAGACAGACAAAAGCAACGAGAAGGGCAUGUCUCGAACAAAGGAUUUGGGAAUCGUUUUGGAAAACCAAAGGGCCCCAGGACAUAUCCAGCGACCUGGGUCUAACACCACAAGAGACUCACGAACUUGGGAAAGAAAGUUUAUUACAAAUYUGUAAAGAUUACGACAUGACAAAACAGAAAGAAAAUCAUGAAAUCUGUGACCAAAGGUGAUCAGUGGAGGAGCGCCACCUUCUGGAGACUUAUGGAAGUGUUUAUUUUCUGUACAACACUCAACAGGGCCUCAAAAAAAAAACAAGAUGUACAUGGACUCAGAAGUAUGACUGAUUUAAGUACUCUGAAUAAAACAGGUUGCAGAAGUGAGCCGCUUACAGAAAGAAGGUUUAACCUUCCCUGUUUUUCUGUUACACUCAGUCUGUGACGACCACUGUUGAACACCUGCAAACUUUCAACAUGAAAUAAGAAAAUGGGUAAAGGCCCUGUCACUCUAACGUUUUAGACUAUUUAUGAAAUAUUUGAUUCCAUCUUCAGCUUAACAUCUUGACAUCUUUAGAGUUGGACACACUUUGGUCCACUGUAUGUUGUCUAAMUGGCAAAUGGGCUGGUGUCUUUCUGUCCAACCAGGAUAUGCAAAGCUCUUCACUACAAUUUGUGCCCUCAUUUACACAUCCACACACACAUUCAUUCAGCUCUACUGUACUAGAUCUCUCUACACAGAAAAUACAGGUAAAUCAAGUUAUAGAGACAAAUCAGUGCUUUGAAUCACAUUCAUACACUGAUGGGACACAGAGACAGASGGGGUUCAGUGUCUUGCCCAGRGACACUUAGACAUGUGACAGAAUAGCAGUGGAAUCGAACCGCCAACUCUCUCAGCCACAGCCGCCCCUUAGUGUGACAGGGCUUUUAAUCUUUGUUAGUCGUCACUUUGUAAAACUUUUUGCACCAUAUGCCACAUUUCAGCWGUUUUUCUAUAUUUCUUUUUACACAUCCAAAUGUUUAGCAACAUAAAAAAAUACUGAUUAUCCUAAUGAAGAGUAAAUGUCAUGCAAAAUGAUAURCAUAAAGUGCAAAUGCACAAAAUUAUUUAUUAAAAGUGUUGAAAGUC